UGCCUCCCCCUUGAGCCCCCUCGCUUCCCGAUGCUCCGUCCCCCCCCCCCGCCUUCUCCCGCAGCUGCCUUCCGCAGGCCGUUUCCACCGAGGAAAAGGAAUCGUAUUGUAUGUCCGCUAUCCAGAACCUCCACUCUUUCGACCCCUUUGCUGAUUCAAGUAAGGGUGAUGACCUGCUUCCUGCUGGCACUGAGGAUUAUAUCCAUACAAGAACUCAACAGAGAAAGAGCAGGAAGACCCUUAAUACUGUCCAAGGGAUCGCUGAUGAUUACAAUAAAAAGAAACUAGUGAAGGUGUUUAAGAAGAUAUUUGCAUGCAAUGGUACUGUAAUUGAGCAUCCAGAAUAUGGAGAACUAAUUCAGCUACAGGGUGACCAGCGCAAGAACAUAUGCCAGAUUGGACUGGCUAAGGAUGAUCAGCUGAAGGUUCAUGGGUUUUAA